AACCUCUUUUUAUAUUCUGUUUUUUUAAUGUUAUAAAACACGAAACACGAAACAACGACUAUACGGAAACCUCUUUUUUGAACUAUACUCUAAUUUUCUUGGAAGCCAAAAGACUUCUCGCUCUUCGAUUCUUUCCAUUAUCAAUAUCCUGCGAUCAGACUAUCAUUUCUCUUCGAAAACCCUAAAUCGAGCGAAUUGCUAAAAAUCAGCUCGAUUGGAUCGAUAUGUCCCAGGACGAUUUAGCAAGGGAAGCUAUUAGGCACGCUCUGAAGGCCCUUCGCAAGCGCCAUCUGCUUGAGGAAGGAGCACAUGGUCCCGCUUUCAUCGCUCUCUCCAGGCCCCUCGUUUCACAGGGCUCGGAAUGGAAAGAAAAAGCCGAAAGUCUUGAAGUGGAACUUCAGCAGUGCUACAAAGCUCAAGCUCGUUUAUCUGAGCAGCUUGUGGUGGAAGUUGCUGAAUGUAGAUCUUCAAAAGCGUUAGUUCAAGAAAAAGAAGUGGUCAUCACUGAUUUGCAAAAUGAGCUAACUCAAAUGAGGGAUGAAUGCUCCCAAUUAAAAGAAAUGUUAGAUGAGAAAAUUAAAGCUUUAGAAUUGGUUUUAAGUGAGAACCAGGAACUAAAAACACAACUUGAAGACAUGACAGUAAGGGCUAAAAAUGCGGAGUCUGAAAACAAGAUGUUGGUUGAUCGCUGGAUGUUACAGAAGAUGAAGGAUGCUGAACGCAUGAAUGAGGCUAAUGCACUCUAUGAGGACAUGAUUGAUCGGUUGAAAGCGAGCAGUAUAGAGCAGCUUGCUCAGCAGCAAGUGGAUGGUGUGAUCCGCCGAAGUGAAGAAGGUGCUGAGUACUUCGUGGAAUCAACUAUUCCCACAGCUUGUGAGCACAAGAUUACUGCCCAUGAAGGUGGAUGUGCUUCAAUUUUGUUUGAGCACAACUCAGGCAAAUUGAUUAGUGGGGGACAGGACCGUACUAUUAAAAUGUGGGAUACAAACACGGGUUCAUUAAGCCGUACUCUUUAUGGUUGUCUGGGCUCUGUUUUAGAUCUCACUGUUACUCAUGAUAACAAAUCAAUCAUUGCAGCUAGCAGCUCAAACAACUUGUACGUGUGGGACGUAAACUCUGGUCGGAUUCGUCAUACUCUCACUGGCCACACUGAUAAAGUCUGUGCUGUAGAUGUGAGUAAGGUUUCAAAUCGUCACAUUGUGAGUGCAGCUUAUGAUCGCACAAUAAAAGCUUGGGAUUUACAGAAAGGUUACUGCAUCAACACAAUUAUCUUUCCCAGCAACUGCAAUGCUCUUUCCUUCAGUGCAGAUGGGCAGACCAUUUGCUCUGGUCACGUUGAUGGGAAUCUUCGGCUGUGGGAUAUCCAGACAGGAAAGUUACGAAGUGAAGUUGCUGCUCAUUCGCUUGCCAUUACUUCAAUAUCCCUGUCUAGAAAUGGAAAUAUAAUAUUGACAAGUGGGAGAGACAACUUGCACAAUUUAUUUGAUAUGCGAUCUCUGGAAGUUUGUGGCACUUUAAGGGCAAAUGGGAACAGAGUGGCAUCUAAUUGGAGUCGGUCUUGCAUCAAUGUGGAUGACAACUAUGUUGCUGCUGGAUCUGCUGAUGGAUCUGUCCAUAUUUGGUCAUUAAAGAAAGCUGGUAUAGUUUCCACUCUACGUGAACAUACUGCUUCUGUCCUGUGUUGUUCAUGGAGUGGUCUUGGGAAACCUCUAGCUUCCUCCGAUAAGAAUGGAGUUAUUUGUCUAUGGGCAUAACAAUGCCAAGUCUUCAAGUAUAAUAAACAUUUCUUUUACAGCAUUAGGGAUCAGGCGGUGACGGGGAAUUAUAUUUACUUGAACACAGGGAAGCGUUUCAAGUUGCUGCCCUGCUGCUUGCUUCACUUCGAAGUAAUGCUGUGUUUAGGAACAGAUGUAUAUGGGGCUUCAGGAUGUUAGCUUGGACCAUUGCCAGUCAUCUGCUGUGUACAAGGGAUGGAAGUUGGAAGCAAAGUCAGUUAUGGCUGUAUAUAGGCUACAUAGAGUAUGAAUGUAAAUGUUUCACGAUAUAUGCCGAGUAUUAAGGGGAAUUAGAUUAGGCUUUGAUUGGUGGAAAAAAAUUAUAAUUUAUAGAUAUUUACUACUUGAAGGGUUAUUGCUUUUUGAAGAAUGAAUGAAAUAUUUGUUAUAUUGUCCGAGUUCAACACUGAUAGACUUGGUUGUUGAGAGGUUCUCGUAAUAAAGCAGUAUGGUGAAUAUACAUUUAACUGGUAAA